GGUGGUCGAUCGUUGUGGGCAGUACAUACUUCUUCUAGACCAGAACGCGGAACGCUGGUCUGUUUGCAGCAUAAUGAGUGCGUUAGCGGCGAUCGUAGUAGCCAUCAUCGUACGGAUGGUGGCUGGCAGUACCAUGGACAUCCAGGUGAGCCAACCCAACUCCCACUCCUAUCAUCGGCAGGACAUGAAACGAGGAGAGUUCGACUACGGUUAUCACGUGAACACGGUCAGCAAUCAGUUCCAGCAUAAAGUGAAAGGUCCAGAUGACGUCACAUACGGUUGUUAUGGUUAUGUGGAUCCCUCGAAUAGGAAGCAUCUGGUGUACUACGUCGCCGAUCGGAUGGGUUAUCGAAUCAUCUUCCCGAAUCGAGCUACGAAGAUCUUCACAGCCAAACUGGCAGACAGUUUGAACAAGCUUAAUGGCAGUGUGAAGGGAAAGGACUACGACGAGCGUGUUGUUGAGUGGAACAAUCUGUACCUGCCGGAUUCGUGCUUCCGGUUGAACGAAAUUCUCGACACCGCCGCCAGUGAUCAGCAACCCCAGCAGACGGUUGUACCAGCGCAACCGAAAGUCUCGCAAAAUCAACAGCGACAGCCCGUGGGUCCUGUUCCAUCGCAACCUGGUCAACCGGAGUUACCACGACCGACUCAGUACACAGUUCCGACCCCGAGCUACUCAGUGGAUGAACCAGUGACGGACCUGUACGGAGAAGGAAGUGCCUAUGAUGGCCAACGACGUGUUUCCCAGGGUCCGGGGGGACUUGGAGUGAUCAGUGUCCAGGAACAUUCGUACCCUGGACGUCAGCAACCGGAAGUUGUACAACCAGGUUGGCCAGGCUCACUGCCGGACAUCAAUCCUGCCAACAUCAAUCUGGAUCAGUUCAAUGGCCAGGUUUAUCCGAUCCAUACCGGAGGCUACGGUGGUAGCGGUGGUGAGCCACAGGGGACCGUAGGCACUGGUCAGUUGUCCUCUUAUAACCUCAACAUUACGCAGCUCCUCGCUCAGAUCGAAGCGGUCAACUCGCAGGUCAUCACACUCAAUAUGCUACUCGCCGGUAUGGCCGCUAAUCCGACGGCUUUCGCUAAUGCCAACGAGAACAGUUGCCGCAGUGUGGUGCAGCUACUGAAGACACAAAACCGCACACCGCAACUCGUCUACGUACCGAUCAUGAUCCCGUACGCGGAGGGUCAGUACAAUGUUAAUCAACCGAUCGUACCACCGAGAACGGAUGCCCAGCAUCAGCGAGCUGGGCCCGGUGCUGGCUGCAAGGGAUGCUAGGAGCGGUGCUGAUAAUGGUGCGUGCGAGCUGUAUUCCUUUGGAUUUGAAAAGGCUGCGGAGGGCUGAUUAGAUUGUACGGUACUUUCCCUCCGGUAAUCAUUCCACUGACUACUCGAUUGUUUAUGAUUUGUGUGACUUCUAAUCUGGUUCAAGGCGUCUUGAUCCUCUGGCGAUUGAUCAGCCACAACAACAAACGCUACGGGGCGGACGUGUUUUGAUAAUAACAAAUAAAUAAAUAAUUUGAAAUAACAAAUAGUCAGCGCCCAAGUUGUGUGCGCUG